AUGCUUCGCAAGAAGGAGGUGUACACGACCAUCACGCCAAUUCCCGGCUUCAUCCCCCGCCAGCUCGCCAUCGACAUCCUGCACUCCCACUCCGAGGUCAUCACCCUCAACCCCCUCGUCCUCGACCACAAGCCCAUCAAGGCGCCUCGCGAUGCCGCCUCGGACGAGUACUACUCGACCUGGUACGAGAUCAGCCAGCGCAUCCAGUACAUCCCCGGCAUCGGCAAGAUGGGCUCCGGCAAGAUCAGCUUCAACGGCUGCUUCCACGACAUGCCCUGGGGCCUGCAGACCCACACCUACGCGCCCAUGAACAUCGACAUCCGCAUCAAGUACCGCAUCGACGGCAACCAGCCCGGCAUCGAACCCCCGCAGCCCCCCGAGAUCGGCAUGUCCGGCCUCGGAGUCCCCGCCGACGGCCUCUACCUGCGCGAGGACAUUGAGAUCCGCUGCAACGUCACCAUGGUCGCCUUCGUCAAGACCCAACAGAAGGCCGCGAGCAAGGAGAUGGUGUCGCGCAUCAUCAAGAAGGCCGAGCUGCUCGAUGCCGGCGUGCUGCAGGCCAUGUUCGAGGACGGCAAGCUCAAGACCUUCAACCCGGCCGAUCGCACCAACACGGCCGCCCAGUCCGGGAUGCGCUCCCCCACCUUGCGCCACCAGCGCCCCGACGGCAGUCCGAGACCCGAGUCGUACUCUCCCACCAACGCCUACCACGUGCCGAGACCCGUGUCGGCGCAGCAGAACCUCAGACCUGGAUCGCAGGGCGGCUAUGGCCACCAGUACGGCCACCAGUACAGCCAGUCGGCCGAGCUGCAGUCCCACACGCACCAGAGCGCGCCACAGACGGCCUUCGUUGCCGAAUUACCGGGCAACUUUUACCACCCGAACCCGCAGCAGCAGCAGCAGCAGCAGCAGCAGUCCAACAACCCGCAGCCGUCGCCCGGCCUGCACCCCGACCGCGACUCCAUGUCGCAGCAGUCCCAGCUGUCGCCUGACCCCAACUCCUGGCGCUGGUCCCAAGGCCAGCGGAGCCCCUCGCAGCAGAGCUCGCGCCCGACGAGCAUGGCGUCGUCCGAGGCGAGCAGCGGCUUCGCAAGCCCCUCGCUCGACCACAAGGGCUUCUCGUCCGAGCUGCCCACGCACCCCGAGACGCAGGAGGAGCACCGCGGGAACCCCACCAAGGCGAUGGAGGCGUCGAGGCACCGGGUCAACGGCCCCCAGGCCUACCAGGCCUACCAGGCCUACAGCUAUAACCCUCAGGACUAUGCACCGCCGGGACGGUAG